AUGUUAAAUAAAAUAAAAAUAUUGCUGCUCAUGUCGAUAAAGUUCUUCUACGUGCACUUCUAUGUGUAUAUUAUAUAUAUUAAAAAAUGGGCUCUUGAAGUACCAGAAUUCGGUGAGCCCAUCACCAAUCUGACGGUUCCCAUCGGCCGAGACGCGACCUUCAAGUGUAUAGUCGGCAAUUUGGGGAAUUACCGAGUGGGCUGGGUGAAGGCUGACACAAAAGCUAUACAAGCAAUUCAUGAACACGUGAUCACGCACAACCACCGAGUGUCAGUGUCUCACGCCGACCACUCAACGUGGUAUUUGCAUAUAAAGAACGUGCAGGAAGAGGACCGCGGACAGUAUAUAUGCCAAAUUAACACCGACCCUAUGAAAAGCCAAAUGGGAUAUUUGGAAGUAGUUAUACCGCCGGAUUUCGUUCCUGAGGAGACUUCAGGGGAUACUAUGGUACCGGAAGGAGGGACGGCGCGAGUGUCGUGCCGAGCGAGGGGUAUCCCCCCACCAAGAGUCAUGUGGAAACGGGAAGAUGGACAGGAAAUAGUUGUUAGGGACAAUAUGGGUUCCAAAACUAAAGUAAUAGCAUACCAAGGCGAAGUAUUAAAGUUGACAAAGAUAUCGCGUUCCGAAAUGGGAACGUACUUAUGUAUAGCAAGUAAUGGAGUGCCGCCCUCGGUGAGCAAGAGGAUUCAUGUAAGCGUACAUUUUCAUCCUGUUAUCCAAGUGCCAAAUCAGCUCGUGGGUGCACCAUUGGGCACAGAUGUCACGCUCGAAUGCUACGUUGAAUCGUCCCCAAAAUCUAUUAAUUAUUGGGUUAAAGAUCCCGGUGAGCUGAUAAUACCUUCUGAGCAUCACGAGAUGACUGUUCGACAAAAGUCUAUGUUUGAAGCAGAAAUGUCAAUGACGAUUAAGAACAUACGGAGAGAAGACCUCGGUAGCUAUAUAUGCGUCGCCAAAAACUCCCUCGGUGACGUAGAAAGCAAAAUCAGAUUAUACGAAAUACCAGGCAACGACAGGCAUAUUUAUCAAUACCCGGACGAGCGGACUACAUCUGAUGACGAAUAUGGCACUGAAGUUUACGACGACGAUUUCGAUGAUAAAGACCCUGAAAAGAAUAACAGAGUUCCAGAUCGAGCGAAUAAAUGGUACUCAAAUGAUGGUAAAGUAAUAAUAAUGGCUAACAAUGCGUGUAUCGCAACCGCUACGGUUAUUGUUGUAUCAAUACUUAGUUUAUUAGAUAUAUUAACU